AUGAGGAAAGGUAUUUUCAGCCUUGCUUUGCACCCUGAACGUGUGUUGGUGGCAACAGGUCAAGUUGGAAAAGAACCGUACAUCUGCGUGUGGGAUUCAUACACUGUGCAAACUGUGUCUGUUCUGAAAGACGUUCACACACACGGUAUAGCUUGCUUGGCUUUUGAUUUAGAUGGUCAGCGUUUGGUCUCAGUUGGUUUGGAUUCAAAAAACACAGUUUGUGUAUGGGACUGGAGAAAAGGAAAAUUGUUGUCAAUGGCUCCUGGUCAUACAGACAGAAUAUUUGAUAUUUCUUGGGAUUUAUACCAGCCAAACAAGCUCGUCAGCUGUGGCGUAAAACACAUCAAGUUCUGGAGUUUGUGUGGCAAUUCAUUGACACCAAAACGUGGUGUUUUUGGCAAAACCGGUGAUCUCCAGACUAUAUUGUGCCUCGCCUGUGCAAGGGAUGAAGUGACGUAUUCUGGUGCAUUGAAUGGAGAUAUAUAUGUAUGGAAAGGAAUCAACCUUGUACGGACAAUACAGGGAGCACAUGCUGCAGGAAUUUUCAGCAUGAAUGCAUGUGAAGAGGGUUUUGCCACUGGUGGCAGGGAUGGCUGUGUUCGCUUGUGGGACUUAAAUUUUAAACCAAUUACUGUGAUUGAUCUCAGGGAAACAGACCAGGGAUAUAAAGGUCUGUCUGUAAGAAGUGUUUGCUGGAGAGGAGACCAUAUACUUGUCGGGACACAAGAUAGUGAAAUUUUUGAGAUUGUGGUGCAUGAGCGUAAUAAGCCUUUCCUGAUAAUGCAGGGGCACUGUGAGGGAGAGCUGUGGGCUUUGGCUGUCCAUCCUACAAAACCCCUGGCAAUGACUGGAAGUGAUGAUCGAUCAGUCAGAAUUUGGAGUUUAAUAGACCAUGCUCUGAUUGCCCGGUGCAACAUGGAGGAACCCAUUCGCUGUGCCGCAGUCAGUACUGACGGAAUCCAUCUCGCUCUUGGGAUGAAGGAUGGCUCUUUCACUGUACUGCGAGUCAGAGAUAUGACUGAGGUUGUUCAUAUCAAAGACAGGAAAGAAGCUAUUCAUGAACUCAAAUAUUCUCCAGAUGGGAAUUUCCUAGCUGUUGGUUCCAAUGACAGCUCUGUGGAUAUAUAUGGUGUUGUUCAACGAUACAAGAAAGUUGGGGAAUGUAUUGGAUCUUUAAGUUUCAUUACGCAUAUGGAUUGGUCUUCAGACAGUAAAUACUUACAGACCAAUGAUGGCAAUGGAAAGAGACUUUUUUACAGAAUGCCAAGUGGAAAAGAAGUAACAAACAAGGAGGAAUUAAAAGGCAUUCAGUGGGCAUCAUGGACCUGUGUUUCUGGCCUAGAAGUUAAUGGAAUCUGGCCCAAAUAUUCAGAUAUAAAUGAUAUAAAUUCCGUGGAUGCAAAUUUUAUUGGGCAAGUUAUGGUUACAGCUGAUGAUUAUGGAAUAGUAAAGCUCUUUCGAUACCCAUGUCUAAGAAAAGGUGCAAAGUUUAAAAAAUAUCUCGGUCAUUCUGCUCACGUGACAAAUGUCAGAUGGUCCCAUGAUCACCAGUGGGUUGUUUCCAUUGGGGGAGCUGAUCACUCUGUCUUUCAGUGGAAGUUUGUACCUGACCGGAAGUUGAAGGAUUCUCUUCAUAUAGCACCCCAAGAGAGUCUGGUUGACUCCAAUAGUGAUGAAUCAGACUCAGAUCAGUCUGAUGUUCCAGAGCUGGACUCUGAAAUUGAGCAAGAGACCCAGAUCACCUAUCGUCGCCAGGUUUACAAAGAAGAUCUACCUCAACUUAAAGAGCAAUGCAAAGAAAAAAGAAAAAGUGCAGCUUCUAAGAGACGUGAGCGAGCUCCAGGGAACAGUAUAAGACUACAUUUUGUUCAUGGUUACAGAGGUUACGACUGUCGAAGCAAUUUGUUUUACACUCAGACGGGUGAAAUCGUGUACCAUGUGGCGGCGGUGGGAGUGGUGUACAACCGCCAGCAGAACACACAGCGCUUUUAUCUGGGUCACGAUGAUGACAUUCUUUGCCUUGCUAUUCAUCCCUUAAAGGACUAUGUGGCAACGGGCCAGGUUGGUCGAGAUUCCUCAAUACACAUUUGGGAUACAGAAACAAUAAAACCACUCUCAGUAUUAAAGGGCUAUCACCAGUACGGUGUUUGUGCUGUUGAUUUUUCAGCGGAUGGGAAACGAUUGGCUUCUGUUGGAAUAGAUGACAAUCACACUAUUGUACUCUGGGAUUGGAAGAAAGGAGAAAAGCUUUCUGCAGUAAGGGGAAGCAAAGAUAAGAUUUUUGUUGUUAAGAUUAAUCCUUACAUGUCUGAUAAAUUGAUUACAGUCGGAAUUAAACACAUGAAAUUCUGGCGUAGAGCAGGCGGAGGACUAAUUGGGAGAAAGGGCUGCAUAGGUGCUUUGGGAAGAACUGAUACAAUGAUGUGUGCAGUGUAUGGCUGGACUGAAGAGAUGGCAUUCUCUGGAACUUCCACGGGGGAUGUGUGUAUUUGGAGAGAUGUGUUUCUCAUAAAAACUGUCAAAGCACAUGAUGGUCCUGUGUUCAGCAUGCACGCAUUGGAAAAAGGAUUUGUCACUGGAGGAAAGGAUGGGGUAGUAGCUCUCUGGGAUGAUACUUUUGAACGUUGUCUCAAAACCUAUGCCAUCAAAAGGGCUGCUUUGGCCCCUGGGUCUAAAGGUCUCCUCUUAGAAGAUAAUCCUUCUAUACGUGCCAUAUCAUUAGGACAUGGUCAUAUUUUAGUGGGCACAAAGAAUGGUGAAAUAUUGGAGGUGGAUAAAAGUGGACCAAUAACUCUGCUGGUUCAGGGUCACAUGGAGGGGGAAGUUUGGGGUCUAGCUACUCAUCCUCAUUUACCUAUUUGUGCCACUGUAAGUGAUGACAAAACCUUAAGAAUAUGGGAUUUAUCUCCUAGCCAUUGUAUGUUAGCUGUUCGCAAAUUGAAAAAGGGAGGCAGAUGUUGCUGCUUUUCUCCUGAUGGAAAAGCAUUAGCCGUUGGUCUCAAUGAUGGAAGUUUUUUGAUAGUUAAUGCGGAUACCCUGGAGGAUCUAGUCUCUUUCCAGCACAGAAAAGAUGUUAUUUCAGAGAUCCGAUUUUCUCCUGGGGCUGGAAAGUACUUAGCUGUGGCAUCCUGUGACAACUUUGUAGAUAUUUACAAUGUAAUGAGUAGUAAACGAGUAGGAAUCUGCAAGGGAGCCUCCAGCUAUAUCACGCACAUGGACUGGGACAUAAGAGGGAAACUCUUGCAGGUCAACACUGGUGCUAAAGAACAGUUGUUUUUUGAAGCCCCUCGUGGGAAAAAACAGACAAUUCCUACUUUGGAGGUAGAAAAGAUUGGCUGGGCAUCAUGGACAAGCGUUUUGGGCUCUUGCUGUGAAGGAAUUUGGCCAAUAAUUGGUGAAGUCACAGAUGUAACUGCUUCAUGCCUCACUAGUGAUAGUAAAGUAUUAGCCACAGGAGAUGAUUUUGGGUUUGUGAAACUGUUCCGAUACCCUGCUAAAGGAAAGUUUGGAAAAUUUAAGAGGUAUGUUGCUCACAGUACCCACGUAACAAAUGUCCGUUGGACCUACGACGACAGUUUGUUGGUCACUGUUGGAGGAGCAGACACCUCUUUAAUGCUGUGGACUUAUGAGAUGGAAGGACAUCGGGAUAGCAGGCAGUGUGACAGUGAAGAGUCUGAUCUAGAUUCUGAAGAAGAUGGAGGUUAUGACAGUGAUGUAACAAGGGAAAAUGAAAUUAAUUACACCAUCAAAGCCUUAUCAACAAACAUUAGACCAAUGUUUGGAAUUAAGCCUCAUCUGCAACAAAAGGAGCCAACCUUAGAUGAAAGGCAGGGGGUAGUAAGAGGUUCCAGACCACCAGUUAGUAGGGCAUUGCCACAGCCGGAGAAACUUCAGACAAAUAACGUGGGGAAAAAAAAGAGACCUAUAGAGGACCUAAUUUUGGAGCUGGUGUUUGGGUAUCGAGGCAAGGACUGCAGAAACAAUGUGCACUAUUUGAAUGAUGGUGCUGAUGUAAUAUAUCAUACUGCAUCUAUUGGCAUCUUGUACAAUGUGGCAACAGGCUCUCAGUCUUUUUACCAGGAACACAAUGAUGAUAUUUUGUGCCUCACUGUUAAUCAGCACCCCAAGUUUACCAACAUAGUGGCAACUGGCCAAGUAGGAGACUCAGCAGAUAUGUCAGCCACAGCUCCUUCUAUCCAUGUGUGGGAUGCAAUGAACAAACAGACCCUGUCAGUGCUGCGGUGCUACCAUUCAAAGGGCGUUUGCUCAGUCAGUUUCAGUGCCACUGGCAAACUGCUACUGUCCGUAGGGCUGGAUCCUGAACAUACCAUUACCAUUUGGAAGUGGCAGGAAGGUGCCAAAAUUGCCAGCCGAGCUGGACAUAACCAGCGUAUAUUUGUAGCAGAAUUCAGACCAGAUUCAGAUACCCAGUUUGUUUCUGUGGGAGUGAAACAUGUGAGGUUCUGGACACUGGCUGGAAGAGCUCUUCUCAGUAAAAAAGGGCUGCUGAGCUCCAUAGAAGAUGCCCGCAUGCAGACGAUGCUAUCUGUAGCUUUUGGAGCGAAUAACUUGACAUUUACAGGUACUAUCAGUGGAGAUGUUUGUGUUUGGAAAGAUCAUGUGUUGAUACGAAUUGUGGCCAAAGCUCACAACGGACCUGUUUUCACAAUGUACACCACAUUAAGAGAUGGUUUGAUUGUUACAGGAGGCAAAGAAAGGCCUUCAAAGGAAGGCGGAGCAGUUAAGCUAUGGGAUCAAGAGCUAAAAAGAUGUCGUGCCUUCAGACUAGAGACAGGACAAAUGACAGACUGUGUUCGCUCUGUUUGUAGGGGCAAGGGGAAAAUUCUCGUUGGGACAAGAAAUGCUGAAAUAAUUGAAGUUGGAGAGAAAAAUGCUGCAUGUAACAUUCUAAUUAAUGGUCAUAUGGAUGGACCAAUCUGGGGCCUAGCUACACAUCCAUCCAGAGAUUUUUUCCUUUCUGCUGCAGAAGAUGGCACAGUAAGACUCUGGGAUAUUGUUGAAAAGAAGAUGCUAAACAAAGUCAGCUUAGGGCAUGCAGCUCGUACUGUUUGUUACAGCCCAGAAGGUGAUAUGGUAGCUAUCGGCAUGAAGAAUGGAGAAUUUAUUAUCUUGCUUGUGACCUCUCUAAAAAUUUGGGGGAAAAAAAGAGACAGAAGAUCAGCAAUUCAAGAUAUCAGGUUUAGCCCAGAUUCUCGAUACUUAGCAGUCGGUUCCAGUGAGAAUGCAGUGGAUUUUUAUGAUCUGACUUUGGGUCCCACACUAAAUCGAAUCAGCUAUUGCAAAGAUAUCCCAAGUUUUGUGAUCCAGAUGGACUUCUCUGCCGAUAGCUCUUAUCUCCAGGUCUCUACGGGGUCUUACAAAAGGCAAGUGUAUGAAGUGCCUUCAGGAAAACAGCUUGUGGACCAAGCUGUGAUUGACAGAAUAACAUGGGCUACUUGGACAAGUGUUCUAGGGGAUGAAGUAAUUGGAAUCUGGUCCAGGCAUGCUGAAAAAGCUGAUGUAAACUGUGCUUGUGUCUCUCACUCGGGAAUCAAUCUUGUAACAGGCGAUGAUUUUGGCAUGGUCAAACUGUUUGACUUUCCAUGUCCCGAAAAAUUUGCAAAACACAAACGAUUUUUAGGUCACUCUGCCCACUUAACUAAUAUUCGAUUUACAAGCGGAGAUAGAUACGUGGUCAGUGCCGGAGGGGACGACUGCAGCUUAUUUGUUUGGAAAUGUGUGCAUAUGCCUCAUUGAGAGAGACAUGGAGACCUGCAAGAGGACACUGCAUGAAGUACCAGGCAUGAAAUACCCAGGAUUGCGAUGUGACGUUCUACUGUGCCCUGCAUGUGUAAGAAAUGGUGCUGCCCCAAGACACAGAGCACUCUGUCUCUGAAAGACAGGUACCUAGAGUCUGCCAGAAGGAUGGACUGUCACAGAUAUGCUGAGGCUGCUAGAUUUGCUUCAGUAUCAGAUAAUCUGGGUUGGUAUUCCACUCACUGCCAGAUGUUGAAAAUGGAAUAUGUGGAUAAACGGAAGAAGUGAAUUGUUAAUCAAUGUACAGUAUCACAGCAAGUUCCUGGGGUUUUAAUCAAGCGAUGCUAUUUCUGACCUAGUGCUGUACAUUGAUCUAUUUUCAGCAUGAAUGUUUUUCCUUUAAGUUUUGAGGUCUAAAUAGCAUAGAUAAAAAGAGUAUUCCGUAUUUCAUUACUGAAAGAGACAGUAUAUUAACUCUCAAAUGAAUAGUAUUUUAAUAAAUGUUUAAUUAUUAUAAUGGAAAUUAUAUUUCUAUGGCUGGUCAAAAGGAAACAUCAUCUGGUGAAGCAGAAAAUAACAGAGCUGAUUCCUUAGGACUGAAAUAUUUCUGUAUUUAGAGGCCUGGGUCACAGUCAUGUCUGGUGAAAGCCGUUGGAUAUGCAUGAUCUUCAUGGCUAAUUUAGUGUUUUUGUUGCACUUAAACAUUAAAUUAGUUCUGUGAGCAAAAAUAGAUUUGCUCACUUUGCGAGUGCCUUUCCCACUACCCAAAAGUCUAACUCCAAUUUUUGCCUUGUGAAUAAAAGUAUUCUCAGUGGAAGAGAGAUUAUUGCUGUAUUACUUGACUGGGCUGUUAGCCUCCAUGCUGGAAAUGAGGACUAGGGUGAGGAUUUUGUAGUCUUCUUAAUCAAUAAAGCUUUGGAUGUCACCAGUGGCAAAAAUAGAAUUUCAUAGCAAUAUGAAUUCAUUUUAUUUUCUCAGCAUCAUAAGGGAGAUUCAGAGAGAAUAUAAACUUUCCAAGCAUUAUAUUUUGUACAUUUGAUCUUUUUAACAGAGUUAGGACUAUCUGGGAGAGGUCUCUACUCAGAUUUCUCUUUUGAUUGUAAAAAAUGUCCAAUCAUAUGCUUCUUUAAAUGGACCUGCUGUCAUCUCUAGCAUUUAUUCUAUCCUGUAACAUAACUGAGACUCUGAGUUGGAAAAACAUUUCAGUGAUAAAAAAAAACCUGAACAAAGCUAUGUUUUGGGUACAAGUGAGGAAGAUUUCAUCAGCUGUUUGUCUAAAUCAUGUCACAAAGAUGCAUUACAGACAGUUAAUUUUCAUGCAACAUAGCAGGGAACAAAGUCACUAAUUAUCAGCACUGCUCUCAUCAUGGCAUUCUGCUGUGAACAUAAAGCUCUCUUUCUCUGUGUAAGCCAGCAUUGCUUUGGCAGUGGCACUUGUUUAGGUCUGUCAGUAGGCUUUGGUAUUAUUCAUCUCUUGCAUUUUUUUGUGCCAGAUACAAGUAAAAAAGAAACAAACCUCAUCUCUUCUUCUGAGUAUCUUGUGUGCAUGGUGGUUACAGAGGGAAUGGGAGGGCUUGCAGGUAGAAAAGGAGAAAAGUUACUGAGCCAAACCUCUGUGCUCUCCUACGUUC